UUGACCUUGGCAUCAAGUACGACCCCUCCACCGGCAUUUACGGCAUGGACUUUUACGUCGUGCUUGGCCGCCGUGGCGAACGCGUGGCGCACCGCAGGCGCAAGACGAGCCGUGUGGGGUGCCCCCACCGUGUGAGGAAGGAAGAGGCAAUGCAUUGGUUUGAGAGGACAUACGAUGGCAUCAUCUUCCAGGCCAAGAAGAAGAAGGUGAUGACUCGCCGCCGUCGUCGUUAA